AUGUACAAAGAGUUUUCUUCGGUUUUUUUGUUCCUUUCUUUCCUCUUUAUGAUUUUCUUUCUUUCUAAUUUAUUCUGUUCCCACCCGACCAUUCCAUUUUCCCUAUUCCCCGUCUUUCUGCGUUGUAAUCCUGGUAUCUUGUCUAUACCGACUCAAACUCGGCUGCCUCCCUGCUUGUGUGCCGGUUGCAAUUCAACCUCUCCUUCGUCUCAUUACUGCUUCCGACAUUCACUUCAUUUUUUAUUCUCUUUUCCCUUUCACUCUCUCUUUCUCAAGUUAUUUGCCUCCCUCCUAUCUGUCCUAUCUUUUCUUCUAUUUAUAUAUCCUCGUAAUGCCUUAUCUUCCUUGCUACAUCUGUCAAUCUUCGUGGUUGUGUUUUCUAUUUCUGUUUGGAUUUUACUCUCCCUCUCCCUCUCUCUCUCUCUCUCUAACCACCUCUCUCUCCUUCCCUCUCUCGCUCUCUUUCCUCCUCCCUCUCUCUCUCUCUCUCACGAUGGCUUGGAUGGCUUCUCCGUUUUACUGACCCCCCUCUCCCAUUCCUUAUAUUCUCUGCCAUAUUCGCUCUCUAUCUUCUUGUGGUCUCCUAAGCCUCAGUUACGUCCACAGAAGUCAGCCGUUAACAGGGCCGAACCAAUCCCUAUACCACAUUAA